AUGGGCAUUGCAAUCGACUCACCAACCCAUAGACGUGUGGUGUUGGCUCCAGUCAAUAGGGGUCGUCUUAAUCUGAUGACUCCAGCUACCAAACAAAAAUCACUUUCUUUGCAUCGACACGGACAAAUUCCACCAAUGUCUCGGUCGGUAAGUUUUGCUGCCAGAUCCGAUAAAUCUCUGACCAGUCCAAGUUCCACGGCAGGACUUGCUGCCACAAAGUUGAAGUUACGACUUCAGCUCGCAUUGUACAAACUCCAGCAACAAAAAAGACAGUCGCCACGCCGUCAGUUUGCACUCAACACGUCUUUCACAAGUACGCCUCGCACUGGCAAAAACAUCCCAACAAAACCAAAACAAAAAACAAAACCAAAAGACAAUGCAAAUGCUAACCCCAGCGUCAACAUUAAUCUAAAAACCGUCACCACACCGUCCCUUUCUAGCAUUGCCGGAGACAGAAAACUCCGCUUAUUUGCCAUAAAAUCGUCGUCAUCACAUUACAAUCCUCAACAACUGGCACCUUUGGUACCUUCCAAUGUGGCACUUCCGCAACCCAAGGGUUUACUGAGAUCUCCACUUCCCUCCAUCAACAAAAUCUUGAAAACUCCAUUAAAAAAUUCCAGCCGCCGGUUCGUGGAAAGAAUCCACGCUGACGAUACCACCAUAGACGAAGACGAUGAAAAUCAAACCCGGGUGCAAUACAGUUCGUCGCCAGUAAGAGACAACUACACUUUGGGCACCCCCAACUCAUUCAGCGUUGCCCGGUCGUUGUUGCAACUCGGGUCCGGGUACUAUAAUUAA